GUACUGUCCAACUUUACCUUUGACGUGCAUUGGAGCAAGGAGCACGAGGUUACGGUACAACAACCAGCUGCCUUGCUUCCGUGGCUACACAUUGGUGCCAUGAGCGACACCUGGCGAUGGCUGCAGGGAGAACUGGAAGAGCUGAACAUCGCGGCCGCGAUAGUGCUAUGCAAAAAUCACCUCGACAAGAGUUCUAUCGAAGAAGCAAAGAAGCUCGCAGAGGGCAAAGCUGCACGCCUCGUGAUUGUCGAUGCUUUCGACCAUCCGAGCUAUCCGAUAGUUCGUAAGGAUCCAGGUGGUCCUUUGGAGGUUGCCCUGGAGCUGGUGUCCUGGGUGCGGCAAAGAAAGCAGAAGCUUCUCAUCAACUGCUGGGCGGGCAUGAACAGAGCUGCGGCCAUUUCUGCUGCAGUGAUGAUGGAGGUGGAGAACUUGACCCUUUUGGAGGCUUGCGAGGUUUUGGCCGCCAAGCGGGGUCGAGUUCUUCACAAUGUCAGCUUUCGGAAGCAGCUGCUUUCUCUGGCAGUCUCGCUUGGCCUGGCGGGCGACCUGAACGCGGCUGCAUCAUCACCUGCGCGUCCAGAAGGCACUGACCAGGCCGAUGGCGAAAAGGCCAAGCCAGUCGCAGCUGCUGAUGACCAGGAUGGAGAGCCAUUUAGAAAGGACGACGUCGAUCCCACGCCCUGA